AUGAAAAAAUCCUUUGAUGAUAAAGUAGAUAAAGCUUUGCACGUGUGGUUUUUGCAGAAACGCUCAUCUGGUCAUCCCAUUUCUGGACCCUUAUUAUGUGAGAAGGCACUAUUUUUCAACGAAAAGUUGAAUGGAGAAAAUACUAAUACAUUUCAAGCAAGCUCUGGGUGGCUUAGAAAUUUUAAGCUACGGCAUGGUAUACGCGAAAUCGGAUUGCAUGGUGAAAAAUUAUCUGCAUCUACAGAGUCUGCUACGAAAUUCGUAAAAGAAUUUAUUGAAUUUGUAAAAUCAGAAAAAUACGAAGAAGAAUUUAUUUACAAUGCAGAUGAGACCGGCCUGUUUUGGAGAUCUUUACCCCGAAAAACAUUAGCAUCUGGGUUCGAAAAAAGUGCUUCUGGAACUAAAUUAAACAAAGAAAGAAUCACAGUUCUUAAUUGCGCAAAUGCAACCGGUAACCAUCGAAUACCAUUGUUCGUGAUAGGACAUUCAAAGAAGCCUCGAUGUUUUAAUAAUUGGAAAAAUCUGCCUGUAAUUUACACUUCUCAAAGGAAGGCUUGGAUGACAUCAGAAGGUUUCAUUGAUUGGUAUGAUCACACAUUCAUUCCUAAAGUUAAGACACAUCAAGAAGAUAUGAAGAAAGAGGGCAGAGUACUCCUACUUCUUGAUAAUGCACCUUCACAUCCGUGUGCAGAUACCCUUGAACGGGAAAAUGGGAAGUUCCGAGUAAAGUUUUUGCCACCUAAUGUUACAUCACUGAUGCAACCCAUGGAUCAGAGUGUAAUAGAGACAUUUAAGCGCUUUUAUAGAAAGUAA